AUGGGCUCGUUGAGCAGCCGAGUGCUGUGCCACCCGGGGUGAGCCCGAGCCCAGCAGGAGCCCGGUUCUGGGGCUGGGGGCUCGGCCUGGAGGCCGGAGAGUGGUGGCGACGCAGCCGCCCACGGCUUCUGUUACUGUCCGGGCAGCCGUAAGCGCUAGCGGAGCAGAGGGGCCUUCUGCUACUGUCACCCCGAUUCUGAGACAGACGAGGAUGAGCAGGAAGGGGACGGGCAGCAGCGACUCCUCAACACCCCUCGAAGGAAAAAAUUGAAGAGUACGUCCAAAUAUAUUUAUCAAACAUUAUUUUUAAAUGGUGAAAACAGUGGCAUUAAGAUUUGUGCUCUAGGAGAGGAGUGGAGCUUACACAAAAUAUAUUUAUGUCAAUCUGGCUACUUUUCUAGUAUGUUCGGUGGUUCAUGGAAGGAGUCCAGCAUGAAUAUUAUUGAACUGGAGAUUCCAGACCAGAAUAUUGAUAUAGAAGCACUGCAGGUGGCAUUUGGGUCAUUGUAUCGAGAUGAUGUCUUAAUAAAGCCCAGUCCAGUUAUUGCCAUUUUGGCAGCAGCUUGUAUGCUACAGUUGGAUGGUUUAAUACAGCAGUGUGGUGAGACGAUGAAGGAAACAGUUAAUGUGAAAACCGUAUGUGGCUAUUACACAUCAGCAGGGACCUAUGGACUGGACUCUGUAAAGAAAAAGUGCCUUGAAUGGCUUCUAAACAAUCUGAUGACUCACCAGAAUGUUGAACUUUUUAAAGAACUCAGUAUAAAUGUCAUGAAACAACUCAUUGGCUCAUCUAACUUAUUUGUGAUGCAAGUGGAGAUGGAUGUAUACACAGCCCUUAAAAAGUGGAUGUUCCUUCAACUUGUGCCUUCCUGGAAUGGAUCUUUAAAACAGUUUUUGACUGAAACAGAUGUCUGGUUUUCUAAGAGGAGAAAAGAUUUUGAAGGUAUGACCUUCCUUGAAACUGAGCAAGGAAAACCAUUUGUGUCAGUAUUCAGACAUUUAAGGUUACAGUAUAUUAUCAGUGAUUUGGCCUCCACGAGAAUUAUCGAACAAGAUUCUCCAGUACCUUCAGAAUGGUUAUCUUCUGUGUAUAAACAGCAGUGGCUUGCUAUGCUCUGGGCAGAACAAGACAGUGAGGUGGGGCCUCAAGAAAUCAAUAAAGAAGAGCUAGAGGGAAAUAGCAUGAGGUGUGGUAGAAAGCUUGCCAAAGAUGGUGAAUACUGCUGGCGGUGGACAGGUUUUAACUUCAGCUUUGACCUGCUUGUAACUUACACCAAUCGAUACAUCAUUUUCAAACACAAGACACUGAAUCAGCCAUGUAGUGGAUCUGUCAGUUUACAACGUUGAAGGAGCAUAACAUUUAGAUUACAUUUGGCUUCUUUUGAUAGUAGUGUAAAACUAAUACGGAGUAGAACCACUGGCUAUCAAAUACUUACACUUGAAAAGGACCAAGAACAAGUAGUGAUGAACGUGGACAGCAGGCUUCUGAUCUUCCCUUUAUAUAUCUGCUGUAACUUCCUGUAUAUAUCGCCAGAAAAAAGAACUGAAAAUAAUCCUCAUCCAGAAAAUCCAGAAAACUGA